AUGCCCGUUUUUCAAUCUCUUAUAACAACUCGCACAGCCUUCUCUACCUCCAAUUCUCUUCACCAGAUUUGCUCAACCAUGGCAGUUUCAGGGUCUUUCAUUAGCCCAAAAUCAUAUAUCACACCAUGCCUCACACCUCCAAGACCAAACCAUACCUGCAGGAAAAAGUUCAUCUUGAGAGCUUCAGGCAGUAACUCAGAUAAUGAAGAAGGGAAGAUGAUUAUAAGGAAAGAGAGAGAUAGUUGGAAGAUUGAUUUCUCAGGGGAAAAACCACCCACCCCAUUACUGGACACAAUCAAUUACCCAGUCCACAUGAAGAAUCUCACCACACAUGAUCUUGAACAACUAGCAGCAGAGCUUAGAGCUGAUAUUGUAUACUCUGUAUCAAAGACUGGUGGCCAUCUAAGUGCAAGCUUAGGAGUAGUGGAGUUGGCUGUGGCUCUGCACCAUGUUUUCAGCACCCCUGAAGACAAAAUCAUAUGGGAUGUUGGCCAUCAGGCAUAUCCACAUAAAAUUCUGACAGGAAGGAGGUCCAGGAUGCAUACUAUUAGGAAAACAUCAGGGUUAGCAGGGUUUCCGAAAAGGGAUGAAAGUGUCCAUGAUGCUUUUGGUGCAGGCCAUAGUUCUACAAGCAUCUCUGCUGGUCUUGGAAUGGCAGUUGCAAGGGAUCUUUUAGGAAAGAACAACUAUGUUAUUUCUGUGAUUGGAGAUGGAGCCAUCACUGCAGGACAAGCAUUUGAGGCCAUGAACAAUGCAGGGUAUCUUGAUGCUAACCUGAUUGUAGUAUUAAAUGACAAUAAGCAAGUCUCCUUGCCCACCGCUACUCUCGAUGGCCCUGCAACUCCUGUCGGAGCCCUGAGCAGAGCUUUAUCCGAGCUCCAAGCAAGCCCCAAUUUCCGGAAACUUCGCGAAGCUGCAAAAAAUAUCACAAAACAAAUUGGAGGGCAAACACAUGAAGUUGCAGCAAAAGUAGAUGAAUAUGCAAGGGGGAUGAUUAGUGCUUCUGGUUCCACUCUCUUUGAGGAGCUUGGGUUAUAUUAUAUUGGUCCUGUGGAUGGACACAAUAUCGAAGAUUUAACCACCAUUUUCGAGAAAGUAAAAGCAAUGCCUGCACCAGGACCAGUUCUAAUCCACAUUGUAACAGAGAAAGGGAAGGGAUAUCCUCCAGCUGAAGCAGCUGCUGAUAAGAUGCAUGGGGUUGUCAAGUUUGACCCAAAAACAGGACAACAAUUUAAGACCAAGUCCCCCACACUUUCAUAUACCCAGUACUUUGCUGAAGCCCUGAUAAAAGAAGCUGAGGUAGAUAACAAGAUUGUAGCAAUCCACGCAGCAAUGGGAGGUGGAACUGGCCUCAAUUAUUUCCAGAAAAAGUUUCCAAAUCGCUGUUUCGAUGUAGGUAUCGCUGAGCAACAUGCUGUUACAUUUGCAGCUGGUUUAGCCACAGAGGGUCUCAAGCCAUUCUGCACCAUCUAUUCUUCAUUCCUGCAACGAGGCUAUGAUCAGGUGGUACAUGAUGUAGAUCUUCAGAAACUACCUGUCCGCUUUGCAAUGGAUCGAGCUGGUUUGGUUGGUGCAGAUGGCCCCACCCAUUGUGGAGCAUUUGAUAUUGCCUACAUGGCUUGCUUGCCCAACAUGGUGGUCAUGGCUCCAUCUGAUGAAGCAGAGCUGAUGCACAUGGUUGCCACUGCAGCAGCAAUUGAUGACAGACCAAGCUGCUUCAGGUUCCCAAGGGGUAAUGGAAUCGGAGCAGUUCUUCCUCCUAAUAAUAAAGGAACACCAAUUGAGAUUGGAAAGGGAAGAAUACUAAUAGAAGGCAAUAGAGUUGCUAUAUUGGGAUAUGGUGUAAUGGUUCAACAAUGUAUGGAAGCAGCAGGCAUGUUAAAAUCCCAAAACAUACAUGUGACAGUAGCUGAUGCUAGGUUCUGCAAACCACUUGAUGCUGAUCUGAUCAAGAAAUUGGCCAAGGAGCAUGAAAUCUUAAUUACUGUAGAGGAAGGUUCCAUUGGAGGUUUUGGAUCACAUGUGGCUCACUUCCUAAGCUUAAAUGGUAUUCUAGAUGGACCUCUAAAGUUGAGAUCAAUGGUACUUCCCGAUCGAUACAUUGACCAUGGAGCACCCCAAGAUCAGAUGGAAGAAGCAGGGCUCACUUCCAGACACAUUUGUGCAACGGUGUUAUCGCUCUUGGGGAAGCCCAAAGAAGCCCUAAAGUUUAAAUGAAUCGUCGCAUAAAGGCAUGAAAAUGCCCUAACAGUUAUGAAACUUAGGCUUUGUGAGGAGGAAAUUGAGAAAACACAAUUAUCUUUUGAGGUUUUCAAGAUUGGGGAUUGAAAAUUCCUUGAAACACUGUCAAUAUGCCCAACAUGACAUAGCAAUAUACAUUUCAGGGAAUUGAGAUGAAAUCAAGGCACUUCUUGUGUUUCUGUACA